AUGGAUCCCCACCUCGCCCAGCGCCGAGAUUCGGUAAACGUGCCUCGCUCGCCGUCGUUGGAUCUACUCUGCGGUCACCAAGUAGCUCCCCAAUAUCCCGCCUCAACCAUUUCCCUCCCAUCCGAUACGAAAAACCCCCCGUCGACGAUGGCUUCCCACGACGACUCGCUCCACCCCCUGGCCGAGUCUGGCGUCACGAUCCGCUCCGACAGCGAGCAGUACUCCCAGGCCGAGACCCCGUCCCCCCCGUCGUCGAACUCGCCAAUCAUCCUCUAUAAGCCGCCUACCUUCUGGGGUCUGGUUCGCGGCGCCGCCAUCAACCUGUUGCUGCCCUUCAUCAACGGCAUGAUGCUGGGAUUCGGAGAGCUGUUUGCCCACGAGGCGGCCUUCAGGCUAGGAUGGGGCGGUACCAAGGUCUUCCCCAUGUCCAGGAGGAGAGCUCACCCCAUUGGCCCCGGCCUGGAGGUCCGCGACAAGCGUCGCGCCCCGUCCCCGGGUCUCGACGACCUGACGAGCCUGGAAUGA